AUGCUCAAAAUCACGUUCAAAUCACCUCGUCCACCGGACAUGGCCCAGCCCGCCAUGCUGGUCUAUGAUCUAUCCGAUGCCCAAAUGCCGCAUCAACUAGCCCAGUGCGACCGUGGAACUGGGUCUCUUCCAGCUUUAGGAAGUCUGUCGUCAGAGGAGGAGUUGUUCAGUACAAGUGAUCAUGCAAACAAGUUGACCCUGGGCGCAGAACAUGGCGCAAAGCCUAUUGAGGACGAGUCUCCAACUACGAAGCGAAUCGAUCAACUGGACACAAGGUUACUGAGCAUAGUAGAGAGACUGAAUAGUAUGGAGGCACGAUUGACCGGCAUUGAGCGCACUGCAAACAGAAGCGACGCUGUAGCAGCCCAGGUCCAGGAGGUUCAAGAAGAGGUGGUCAGGAUCCAGGGUAAUAUCAACGAAGCCUAUGACAACGGCGGAACUUUUCCAGACCGCUCUACUGAACCCACGGCCUUGAACAUUACGAAGUAUGAUGCGGACAAUGCCGAGAUUGUGACAUCCCUCUCACCUACGAUCGCAGCGUCCGAGUGUCCAUCUUGUCGAAGUCUUGCAGCUGAGCGAAGCUCGACGACUCUAAAGCUUGAGGAAAGCCUGGAACACGGAUGUCAACUGUGCGCAUUGCUUUUCGAAAUUGCACGAGCAUAUGUCACAAGUUCAUAUCGCCCAGAACCGGAAGUUGACGAAGUUGUGGUGCAGAACAAAAGCGCAAGUCUUCCUACGGUGUACGUAUCGAAUAGACCCAGUGGUUGGAUUUACGGUACAUGCUACCUCGACAUCUUUGAAGGUACGGACUGA